GAAAUUUGUGUUUACGCUGCUACAAAAACAAAUUCACAAGAUACGAAAUAGUUCCAUUUUUGUAUACGUUCGUUCUGGAAUUUGUGGAAUUUUUAUAUCUUGUGGCGUCCGAUCGGGCAACGGACUCGUAAACAUGCAAGAGUUAAUUACGGUUCCCAAUUUGACGGGAAGCCUGCCAGCAGAUACUCAAAAGAAAUUGCGAAGCAUUGUGGACGACAUUAACAGCAUAUCGAAAUCGGUAUUCAAUGAUAAUGACAAUGAUAAGGACAAGGAGUGCCAAAGUCAAACAAAGUUGGAGGAACACACUCCGUAUCCAGGCAUUUCCAGGCUAACACCUUCGCUCUACCUGUGCGGCGCAGCGGCUGUGGUGCCCGCCCACCUGGACAAGCUGGGCAUUAGUUGUGUAGUGAAUGUGGCGCCCGAACUGCCAGAUACGCCACUCUCCAGCUUAAGCAAUCCAUUGUAUCUGCGGAUCAAUGCACAGGAUCGAGCCGGCGUGAAUUUGGCAGCCCAUUUUGAUGAAGUGGCCGAUCUGAUUGAGGAAGUGCGUCUCAGUGGCGGCAAUACCCUGGUGCACUGCGUGGCCGGUGUGAGUCGUUCCGCCUCGCUGUGCUUGGCCUACCUAAUAAAGUAUGGGGGCAUGAGUCUCCGGGAGGCCUACACACACGUUCAAUCCAUACGGCCGCAAGUGAGGCCCAAUUCCGGAUUCUUUCAGCAGCUGCGACAAUACGAACAGGAAUUACGUGGCAGCUGUUCAGUUGAAAUGAUCUACUUUGCCUCAUUGGAUAAGGAAAUUCCCGAUAUCCUAGAGCCCGAAUAUAGAGCCAUGGAGGAUUUCUAUCAGAGAUAUCGCAGCUCGCUUAAGAAACGUUAGGUUUCCUUAUAAUUAAGAGUUCGAUUUAAUAGUUUUUGUGAUAUGUGUGGUAAUUUUUUAAUGUAAAUAAUUUAUUU